UUAAGAGAGGGCAAGAGACGCAUUAGUCUUCUCUCCUCGGCUCUGCAGUUUUCGCUUCUCUUUUCUCGUAGGCAGUGGGCACAGAAGCUAAGACUUUACCCUUCUAACUUCCAAAGUCGGAACCCUUAAGGUAGACGGAGCCCGAGUUUUCUGUGAGAUCUCUGCAAUCUUAGCCAUGGCUACUCCUACGACAAGGGUCUUAUCGCAGAAAGAAGCCGACGUUCAAAUGAUGUUGGCUGCCGACGUCCACCUAGGAACCAAGAAUUGCGAUUUUCAGAUGGAACGUUAUGUCUUCAAGAGAAGAACUGAUGGUAUCUUUAUUAUUAAUCUGGGAAAAACUUGGGAGAAGCUGCAAUUGGCUGCUAGGGUAAUUACAGCCAUAGAGAACCCUCAGGACAUCAUUGUCCAAUCUGCAAGGCCCUAUGGCCAGAGGGCUGUUUUGAAGUUUGCACAGUACAUAGGUGCUCAUCCAAUUGCUGGUAGACAUACUCCUGGGACGUUCACUAACCAGCUCCAAACGUCCUUUAGUGAGCCUCGGCUACUGAUCCUUACUGAUCCCAGAACAGAUCACCAGCCAAUUAAGGAAGCUGCUCUUGGUAACAUUCCAACCAUUGCUUUCUGUGAUACUGACUCUCCCAUGGGCUAUGUUGACAUUGGGAUCCCUGCCAAUAACAAGGGGAAGCACAGUAUUGGAUGCCUAUUCUGGUUGUUAGCACGGAUGGUUCUGCAGAUGCGGGGCACCAUUCUUCCUGGGCAGAAAUGGGAUGUGAUGGUGGAUCUAUUUUUCUAUAGGGAUCCUGAGGAGGCCAAGGAACAAGAAGAGGAUGAGGUUGUUGCAGCUCCCGAUUAUGGAGUUUCAGAUUACACGGUUGGUACCCUUGGUCUUCAGGGCGACCAAUGGCCUGCCCAAAUGGCAGAUGCCCAGUGGACCCCUGAAUUGGCAGCUGCUGGUGGUGCCAUUCCUGCAGGUGCAAAUGUUGACUUGACUCAAACUCCAGUUUUGUCAGGGGACGGAUGGGAUGUUGCAGCCGCACCACCUCCCAUGGCAGCAGUGACUGGAGUGACUGGAGUGACUGGAGUGACUGGAGUUGAUAAUGUUUCUGCCGGUGGCUGGGAUGCUUAGAAGAGCUUACAAUUUUGCGGAUCUGAAAACCUCUUUUUUUAUUUUUGAUGUUCUUUCGUUUUUCUUUGGGUAAGGAGGGGUUGGAUCAUUUGAGAUUGGUUCUUUUUGUUUUUGUCUUUAAUUUUUACCCGGAAUGAAGAUUUUGGAGCUCAUCUUAUUUUAACGGUUCUUAGCUUAGCUAUAUUUGCUUUUCUGUUAUUGUUGUACCCAAAGACGAUUUUGAUUGUUUGCGGAAAGGAGGAUUCUGUUGGUUGAUGGGGACAUCGAUUCCCUUCGCAA